AUGACCUUGAUCUCUCCCUACCUCUCAGACGAGAGUCAAGGGGUUGAAGAGCUUCAUGCCGAUAGGAGGGCCCCCGGAGCUGCUCUUGGUUUCCGCAAGGCUGUAAAGAAGGUUGUGGCCUUGAAUCGACUGAAGCCUGUAAGAAGAGAGCCGUCCAGAGCUCUGACGGUGAUCGACGGCGGCAAACAUGCGCGAGGGCGGAUGCUGGGCCAGCGCUACUUCGAGCCGAGGGUCCCGACGCUUCCGAUAGCUACCAUCGUCGAUCAUGCAGCAUUGCAGCAGGAAGAAGACCUUUCCGUAGGGCUGCCGACCACGAGGACUCUUCCUACGAAGCUCUCAGCUAGAGGGCUCUUGAGUGAACGCAGCUCGCACAUGGAAGAGGGACCAGUGACGACCAGGCAGAAGAUCUCGGCGCUGAAGAGCGUGGGGAAGGAUUUCUGGGGGAAGGGAAAGCUAGAGGUGGAAAACUUCUGCACUCCCCGGCGCAACUUCACUUAUGCCGCCCAACCUGAGGCGACGAAGGAGCAGCAGACGGCGGGAGGAGCGACGGCAAGGAGCGUCCACUUGCUGCACACUUCCAGGGUCAGCGCCCAGUACAACACGCCAAGGGCUUCCCUGCAAGGGGAGGAUGGGGAGCCGCAGACAAGCAGGAGGAGGCAGGAAAAGUCGGAGCAGCUGUCCUACUACUUUCGGAACCUCUCGCUCACCGCCUCCCGUGCCCAGGGGUAUGCGGGGCACGUGCUGCAGUUCAGUGAGGAGGUAAGGCAGUUCCAACCCAAGCUGGGCUACUCGUGGAGGGAGAGGAGCGACGACAACACGAUCCCCUCCGCAGCUCCUUCCCAACUGGUAGCCAAGGCGGUGGAGCUCGCGAGGAAGAAUUUCGUGGCGGAAGACAGCUGGGAGUUCGAGAACUUCAAGAAGGAGGUGCGAGCGAGGGAGCCAGAGCUGCUUGCUUGCAUGAAGCGACAUCGUUUUCACCUCCUCACCCUCUACGACUCGACGAUCUGCGGGCAGAUCAAGGAAAACGGCAGCAUCCUCUACUUCAUCUUCAAGUAUUACUGCGGCAGACAAACGCUAGAGGGUUCGGCAAUCACCUUCGACGACAUUGCCAGCUCGGAGGUCACCAUGAACCCGGCGGAGUUUCUUCACUUCGUGCGCGAAAUGAUUCCGUCGGCUCAGAUCUCCAUGAAGGACAUCGCCUGGCUCAUUCACCACACCAAGCAGCUCCCCACAGCCAUCAGCUGGGACGCCAGGUGGGGUCACGAGGUAGAGUGCGACAUCCAUCACGUCUCCUACUCCCAAUGGCUGUGCGCCCUCGUCCGCCUCGCCCUCGUCUGCUUCCCUCGGGAGGACCCCCUGGACUCGAUCCUCGAUCUCGCCGUCGACAUGCAGCUCGGGCAGGGGCUCAAGUUCACCCGCGGGAGGCUCAUCGAGCUUCACAGGACGACGGGGACGUUCGGGACAUGGCGGGACGACAGCGCGAAGGAGGCGGAGGGUGAGGGAGGAGGAGGAGGAGCGGGCUUCAUCAUGUCGAUGGGUUUCGAGAAGAUGAGGGAGAGAUGCAGAACCGUCGACAGCAACGAGGAGGCGAUGGUGCGGCUAGUGAAGAAGCUCCUCCUCCUCGGGCUCGAUAACGAGACGAUCCCCUGGGUCCCGUUUGAGGGAACCUUCAUCGCCAUGGUAGUCCACCAGAUCACGGCAGAUGAGGCCAUGGCAGAGAGGACCGGUUCUCCUUCCUCCCCCCACAGGUUCCAGGUCGUGAUCCGCAACCUCGACUCGCACCAUCGUCGCUUUUUCCUCAACAUCGAGGGCCUUCCCCUCCUCGAGCUCGGCAUCCAGGCGCGUGCUCGCAACUCCUCCCUCGAGAUCGACUCGAACUUCGCCGCGCCCGGCUGCUCCAUCUCCUUCUUCCUCUUCGCCAGGACGUUCCAGCUCGGCUACUUCUCCGGGGAGAUCCUUUUCCGCUUCUCCCCUGCCGACCCGCCCGUCUUCCGCAUCCCCGUCUUCCUUCGCGUCGUCCCCUUCAAGAAGAAAUUCCUCGUGAGGCAGGAAGAAUUCUCUCCGAGAAAGACCAUCGCCGAGCAUCAGGUCAAGACUCAGGGGUCCCUCAGGUCCAUGACCUCCUCCUCCCCUUCCUACGCUCUCCGCUCCUCCUUCAACACAAGCAAGGGUGACCUGAGCCCAUCUAUCAAGAAGAGCGCGAGCCCACGAGUGCUGGACUGA